AUGGUUGAAAGCAGUAAUCUAUACUUUACCAAUGAAGAAAUAAUAGACUCACCUUCUAAAAGAGAUGGUAUAGACCCUUUGGUAGAAGAUAAUCUAAGACGAUACGGUGCUGACAUUAUUCAAGAGGCUGGUGUAUUAUUGAAACUUCCACAGAUAUCAAUAGUUACAUCACAAGCUAUCUUUCAUAGAUUCUAUUGUAGAAAGUCAUUUAAAGAACAUGAUGUACAUCUAAUAUGUAUGGGAGUAAUAUUUGUAUCAUGUAAAUAUACAGAAUCACUUAGAGGAUUGAGAGCAGUGGUGAAUGUAUUCAACUAUAUACAACAGAAACGAGAAAAGAAGACUAUAGAGUUUUUGGAUACCAAUCAACAAAGGUAUUGGGAUUUGAAACAUGAAGUGAUCGAGGCAGAGUUGACACUACUCAAAGAGUUUGGAUUCAUGAUGUCGGUUGAACCUCCUCACAAGUACAUACUCAGCUACAUGAAGUUGUUGGACCGAUCCAACGAGCUAGCACAAAAGGCAUGGAAUUUCUUAAACGAUAGUAUGCGUACGACACUGUGCGUCCAGUACAAACCAGAAUCGAUAUCGGCUGCUGCCAUCUUUAUGGCUGCUCGUAUGCUAAAGGUUAAACUUCCCGAACAUCCCUAUGCAUGGUGGGAAAUAUUCGAUACAACACAUGAUGAAAUAGAAUCAAUCUCUUUUGAUAUUUAUAAUCUCUACACUAAACCAAAACCAUAUUAUAUUCCAAUUGAUAAAUUAUAG